GAAAUAGGCGCGAAACCCUCCUACGCGGGCCUUUCAAAAAUCAGCGCACUUACAACCAAGUUUCAUAUUGCGUUCGGUCGCGCGCCUUUCGCCUCACAUCGCGUAAAUACGUUCGAUAAUUAAAUUUAUUUCUAUCGCUUAUUGAUUUCAUUGAAUAAUUGUUUUAUCUCUGUAAAAAAAGUAAAUAAAAAUGUAUAAAGUUAGUGCGCUUCUGUGGUGUUUAUACGUUUUCAGCGUUCAAUUAAGUGAUAGUGUUAUAUCGGCUGAGACUGAAACAAGAUGUCGAAACCCUCCAACUGCGCCACAAAAAAUAGAAAGAGUGAUAACACUUUGCCAGGAUGAAAUCAAAGUCUCUAUCUUAAGAGAGGCUCUUGAUGUGAUAAAGGAAGAGCACACGAUGCCAGCAGAAAGGCGGCGAAACAAACGUGAAGUACCAUUCACCCACGAUGAGAAACGAAUAGCUGGGUGCCUGCUGCAGUGCGUUUACCGGAAAGUGAAAGCCGUCGACGGCUAUGGAUUUCCGACAUUAGAAGGUUUAGUAGGACUGUACUCGGAUGGCGUUAACGAGCGCGGUUAUUUCAUGGCUGUGCUGGAGGCUUCUAGAGAAUGUCUUAUGAGGAACCAUGACAAGUUUUCUAGAAGUGUACCUAUGGAUAAUGGAAGAAACUGUGACGUCUCGUUCGACAUCUUCGAGUGCAUCUCAGACCGUAUCGGCGAGUACUGCGGGAACUCCGGCCUUUGAUGUAUUUAAUAUAGCCUCUACACUACUCUACAUUUAUUUUACUUAUUCACUCUUGUAACACUCGUGUCUUUUUUAUGUGAAAAUUGUAUCAAAUAAUUAUUUCACACAAUCGUAAUGUUUCAAAUUGAACGAAUCAAUCAAAAUAUAUUUUCUGUAAU